AUGGACCCCAGGAUAGUAAUCAUGGCCGCAUAUCGCCAACAGAUGAUGGCAGAGCAGAUGCGCAUGGCUGGCGGUGGUGCAGGAGGGCCGAUGCCACCGGGCGGCAUGCCUUUCCCACGUGGCCCAAUGUUUUUCCCAGGAGGUAUGGGCGGGCCGGGACCCGAUCCUCGAAAUCAUCCGCGAACUGGAUCCCCGGACAAUACUUCGGAUUCCGACGGGCCUCGUGAUGCUGGACCCCGUGGAGGGUCGCCAAGACGCGCUGGUGUUCGAAAUGGACGACCUGGAGUUGUGUAUGGGGAUUGGGAGGUUGAGGAAGUAGAGGAUGAGAAGUAG